AUGACCGAACAUACCCCCUCCGAGCCCAUUGCUAUCGUUGGAAGUGCAUGUCGAUUUCCAGGCAGUGCGGAUACUCCGUCGAAGCUUUGGGAGAUUCUUAGGGAGCCGCGAGAUCUCCUUCGGGAAGUCGAACCAGGUCGUCGUUUUGACCCAGAAACCUUCUAUAAUAGUGAUCCCGAGCACCACGGAACCACCAAUGUUCAAUCGUCUUAUUUUCUUGAUGAAGACGUUGCUGAAUUUGACAAUGGGUUUUUCAAUAUCCAGCCUGCUGAAAGCGAGGCAAUCGAUCCUCAGCAGCGCCUGCUGAUGGAAACUGUUUAUGACUCGCUGUGUGCGGCUGGCCAAACCAUUGACGGCCUCCGUGGAUCGUCUACUGCAGCAAUAGUCGGUCUUAUGGGAGACGAUUGGAGCGGUAUCAUGUACAAAGAUUGGGAGAAUCUUCCGCAGUACAGUGCCACUGGCAUGGGCCGUAGCAUCAUGUCCAAUCGGCUCUCUUAUUUUUUUGACUGGCACGGUCCAUCUAUUACCCUCGACACCGCUUGCUCUUCCAGUCUCGUUGCGGUUCACCUGGCUAUUCAAUCUUUGCGAAAUGGAGAAUCAAAAGUUGCAGUAGCCGCCGGAGCCAACCUUCUUCUCAGUCCCGCAAUGUAUAUCGCAGAGAGUAAUCUGCACAUGCUCUCACCUACUGGCCGAAGUAGAAUGUGGGACGAAGGGGUGGACGGGUAUGCUCGAGGAGAGGGCAUCGCCGCUGUUGUUCUCAAGCCUCUCAGUGCUGCUCUUAAAGAUGGCGACCAUAUUGAGAGCAUCAUUCGCGCUACAGGUCUCAAUCAGGAUGGUAAAACCCCCGGCCUAACCAUGCCCAGUGCUAGUGCACAGGCUACUCUCAUCCAAGAAACGUAUGCUCGUGCAGGCCUCGACCUCAGCAAGCCCGAGGAUCGGCCCCAUUUCUUCCAUGCACAUGGAACGGGUACACCUGCUGGUGAUCCUCAAGAAGCGGAAGCCAUCUCGCGAGCCUUUUUUCCGAAUGGCUCAGCUAACGAUGGCAAGCUCUACGUUGGCUCAAUCAAGACCAUCAUUGGACACACCGAAGGUACCGCUGGUCUUGCCAGCCUUAUGGCUUCUUCCCUGGCUCUUCAACAUGGCCUCAUUCCGCCAAACAUGCACUUUAACAAACUCAAUCCUAGGAUUGCACCUUUUUAUGGAGGGCUGGAAGUUCCAACAUCGGUGAAGGCAUGGCCCAAGCUACUUCCUGGUCAGCCAAGACGAGCGAGUGUCAACAGUUUCGGAUUUGGAGGAACUAAUGCCCAUGCGAUUAUUGAGUCCUAUGAGGCACCUGUUGUUAAUUCUUCGACCGGUCCUCUGUUCACCCCCUUGACAAUAUCCGCCGCUAGCGAAAAGUCACUACGUUCGCUGAUAUCAUCCUAUUCGGCAUACCUGAAAGAUAAUGUUGAUAUUUCUCUAAGAGACUUUGCUUAUACCCUGCAGGAACGGCGUUCUACCCUGGCUUACCGUGUCCCUAUUGCUGCUGCUUCAGUUGAGGAGGCGUGCAAAAAGAUGGAUUCCCUUCUCCAAAAUGAAGAUGCCCCCGAGCUCAAAGAAAAGCAUUUCGGUGUUCCAAAUUCACGAAUUUUAGGUGUUUUCACUGGUCAAGGUGCUCAAUGGCCACGCAUGGGCGCCCGUCUGAUUGAGCAAUCUCCAUUUGUGUCUAAGCGGCUUGAUGAGCUGGACACGGCUUUGGCGACAUUGCCGCCAGGCGAUCGACCCAGUUGGUCCUUGCGUGAACAGUUGCUUGCACAUUCAGAUGUCUCGCGGACUGCCGAGGCUGCAGUCUCGCAACCUUUAUGUACGGCUGUGCAAAUAUUAUUGGUCGACCUGCUUCGACUAGCUGGUAUUCAGCUCAAUGCGGUCAUUGGUCACUCCUCUGGUGAAAUUGGAGCUGCAUACGCGUCGGGCUUGCUGACAGCAGAAAAUGCAAUCCGCGUUGCAUUCUACCGUGGGCUUUAUGCCAAGCUUGCCAAAUCCCCUAAUGGUGCGAAAGGGGCAAUGAUGGCUGUAGGUACAUCUUUUGAGGACGCAAGAGAAUUUUGUCAAUUGGAGGACUUUGAAGGCAGACUUAAUGUUGCUGCCCGCAACUCUUCCUCUAGUAUCACGCUUUCUGGAGACGAGGAUGCCAUUGCGGAGGCCGUUGAGAUCUUCACGGAUGAAGGAAAGUUCGCUCGUCAACUCAAGGUUGACACUGCCUACCACUCUCAACAUAUGCUUCCUUGUGUCGCUCCCUAUCUGGCAGCCAUGAGUGCUAUCGCCGACCCUCCAAAUGACAUUGAAGGCAUGCCGACAUGGUAUUCAAGUGUUCAUAACGAGCAGGUCAUGUCAGUCGAUAAUCUUGACUCACAAUAUUGGAUCGACAAUAUGACAAGCGCUGUUCUAUUUGCACCCGCUGCGACAACUGCCAUCAGCCAGGGUGGCCCUUAUGACUUGGUGGUGGAAAUUGGGCCUCAUCCAGCGCUUAAAGGUCCAUGCUUAGAUACCCUUGAAGAAGUGACGGGUGAUCGCAUUCCGUACUCUGGAGUCCUUUCGCGAGGAAAGGAUGAUGUUAUUGAGCUAUCGGCUGCCCUUGGAUUCAUCUGGUCUUGUCUUGGAGCUGGUCGAGUCUCUUUCGAGAAGUUUGAGCGGGCUGUCUCUGAGGAUCCGUCUCCUAGACAUAUGGUUCCAAAUCUCCCCAAGUAUCCAUUUGAUCAUUCAAAAUCAUUUUGGACUAUGUCGCGCGUUUCUGGUGCCCACACUACUUCUGCCUUUGGUGCCCCUCAUCCCAUUCUCGGCAGGCGCCAAGUUGACCGUGAGACUUCAAACGACAUUCAAUGGCGCAACAUUCUCCGGCCUAAAGAGGUACCAUGGCUGAAGGGCCAUAAGAUCCAAGGCCAGAUUGUCUUCCCUGCUGCAGGGUUUGUGGCCAUGACUAUUGAGGCCAUGAAUAUCGUCGCUACUAAAUCGAAGAUUGCUUUGUUCACGAUCAAAAAUCUUUUUAUUGGGCGCGCAAUUGCCUUUGACGAUGAGAACUCAAAUGUCGAGGUUCUUUUCACUGUCAAAAUCAAGAGUUCAGGGCAAAAUAGUAUCGAGGCCAGUUUCUCAUGCUACUCCGGCUCCCCUCAUGAAACUGGGGUUCCCAUGGGACUCAACGCUGAAGGUUCCGUCGAAGUGGUUUUGGGCGAGCCAGAUGCAGAUACCCUUCCCUCUGUUCAAACGGAAGAUUGGAAUAUGAUCGAUGUUGAGGUUGAUCGUUUUUACAGUCAGUUCCAGAGCCUCGAGUACGGCUACACAGCGCCCUUUCAAGGCAUGCGCUCAAUCAAACGCAAAAAUGGCUAUGCAACCGGUACCAUCAAGGAUGAAUCUGGAUCAGACUGGGAGGACCAACUCUUGAUUCACCCAGGAAUGCUAGACACGGCGCUCCAGGCCUCUUCCGCCGCCUUUUGCUGCCCAGGUGAUGGGCGCAUGUGGGGUUUGUAUAUUCCAGCUGGCAUCCAGUGCAUUACCAUCAACCCCUAUUUCACUUCCUACGCCACCGAAAAGCAGGAGGUGAACCCUUGGGAAGCUGUUGUCAGAAGCUUCAAAAACGCCCAUAGCACUGUUGAUAUCACACUCUUCUCUGAUGACCAUGCCCAUACCUUCGUUCAGAUAGAAGGCCUGGAGCUGAUGCCUUUCACGGCAGCAAGGCCGGAGAACGAUACAGUACUGUUCUCGCGGUUUGACUACAAAAUUGAUCGUCCUAACGGCAAUCUGGCCGCUCCUCUUGAUGAUGGGCUCUCACCAGAGGAUAUCGAAAAUGCUAUCAAGGCAGAGCGGGUCUCCUUCUACUACCUGCGCCGUCUAGUCGAGACUAUCACUCCAGAGGAGAGGGCCAGCACUCUACCACACUACCAGCGGCUGCUUGAUUGGGCCACCCGUGCUGUGAACACUGUCAAAAACGGAAAGAAUCCGUUUGUUCCUUCAAGUUAUGAGACCGACACUGAGGAACAAAUCAGUGCUAUCCUAGACAGGUACCGCGACCGGGUUGAUGUUCGUAUGCUCGAAUCAGUAGGCAAAAAUCUUCCGGAAGUCAUUCGGACAGGGUCUGGAAUUCUUGAACACAUGACACAGGACGGUCUAUUCGAUUUCUAUGACGAAGGUUUAGGUCUCGAUAUCGCUAAUCGCCAUUUCGCACGUAUGGCGGCCCAGGUAUCCCAUAGAUACCCUCACAUGAAGGUAUUUGAAAUUGGCGCUGGAACUGGUGGGUCGACAAGACAUAUUCUCCCUACUCUUGGCUCUGCGUUCUCCACAUACACCUAUACGGAUAUUUCGAGUGGAUUUUUCGAAGCAGCCGAAGAUCGAUUCAGAGACCAUUCCAGCCGCAUGAGCUUCAAGGUUUUUGACAUGGAGAAACAACCGGAAUCCCAGGGCUUUGUCGAAGGCUCCUAUGACCUGAUCCUGGCUUCCAAUGUUCUCCAUGCAACCGGCACACUAGAAGAAGUGAUGACCAAUGUCCGUCGACUACUCAAGCCUGGUGGAUAUCUCAUUGCUUUAGAACUCACAAGCAAUGACACUCUCCGUGUGGGUCUUCCCAUGGGGAGCUUGCCUGGAUGGUGGGUUGGUUACGACACUGGUCGGCCUUGGGGACCAACUUUGACUCUUCCACAGUGGGAUUCUCUGCUUCGAAAAUGUGGGUUUGGGGGGAUCGAGACAAGCACACCAUUGUUUCACAAACUCCAUCCUUCUUCUGUUUUUGCAGCACAGGCCGUGGAUGAUCGCAUCGAUUUGCUUCGGAACCCAUUUUUGUCCAUCACUGCUCUCCCUCCAACCGACGCACCCCGUCUCAUCAUUGUCGGCGGUGAAACACUCGCCGCUCACCGUCUAGCAGAGCGCCUUGAAUCUCAUCUUUCUCAUAGAUUCAACUAUAUUGAACGCGUUGAUUCUUUUGAGAGCCUUGAUGAGAAUAUCCUACUGCAGGGGAGCACGGUACUCUCAAUUGCUGAACUCGACGAGCCGAUAUUCAAGAAUAUCACCCCCGAAAAGCUUCAGGCUCUUCAAACACUGUGGCGUGAAGGAGGUAAUGUCUUAUGGGUCACUCGAGGCGCUAGAUCUGACGAGCCAUACUCCUUCAUGACUCAUGGACUUGGGCGUGUUGUAAAAUUCGAAUACCCCAACAUUUCGCUUGAGGUUUUCGACCUGGACAUAAUUGAUGAGAGAUCUGCUCAGUUAAUUGCCGAGGAGUUGCUUCGUCUUGAAGUCCUCAAGAAAUGGGAGAGAGCGGCCGUCCCUGGUGAGGAACUGCUCUGGUCCAUCGAGCCAGAGGUAUAUAUUGAAGAUGGUGUUCGCAUCAUUCCUCGCCUCUACGAGUUUGAACAGGCAAACGAUCGCUACAACACCUCACGUCGUGCUGUUACAACAUCCGUCAAUCCUCAAAAGACCCCAGUAUCAAUUACCAGCAACGGCACGACGUGCGAAGUGCACUAUCCGUCUCCUCUUCGUCAACCCAGCCCACCUCCGGCAUUUGGCUUGACAAGGGAUCUCCAGAUUUCACACUUCUUGUUGCAAAGCAUCAAUGUUGCAUCUGUCGGCAAGCUAUCUUUGUGCUUUGGAAUUGAUAAGGGUAGCAACGAAAAGGUUUUGGCUCUGGCUCAUUCCAGAGAGUCACGUAUCGAAGUGUUGACGGAUUGGACCGUGCCUCUUGGUAGUGGUGAUGAUCCUGUCAAAGCUCUAGUAUCUGUUGCUGCUCGGAUGACUGCUUCUAAUAUUCUCAACCUGGCGGGCGAAGGCAAUAACAUUGUGAUUCAUGAGCCAGAUGAGGUCGUUGCUUAUGCCCUAUCUUCACAGUCGUCGCAUAAGUCAAUCCACGUGACGUUCACGACUUCGCUGAAAGAAAAAGCCAGAACAGAUAGUACUUGGUGCUACAUUCAUGAAAACGCCCCUCGACGGCUCAUUGAGAGAGCACUGCCUGCUUCUACCUCUGUGUUUGUCAACCUAUCUCAAGCGCCCGAAUCGUCAAUAUCCGGCCAGCUGGUUGCCCGUUGUCUACCUCGAUCAUGCGCCAUUUACAGUUCUCAGGAUUUCUUUGGCACGGGUCCCAUGAUCAAUAAUGUGAAUUCUUUUGCUGAAGUCCCCAAGGCCAUCAAGGAGGCGUCGGCCUCAGUAUUUGACAUUUCAAUCUAUAGCCCUACGAUCAUUCAGCUCCAAGAAAUGUCGGGUUUAACGGUUCUUGAAGCGCCUUUUACGGUCGUUGAUUGCUUCACUUCAGGUGCUUUGGCCAAAGUUCAGGCCAUUGACGAGGGGACUAUCUUCCGAAGUGACAAGACCUAUCUCAUGAUCGGUAUGUCAGGUCAAGUUGGCCAGUCAUUGUGUCAAUGGAUGGUUGAGCGCGGCGCCAAGCAUGUCGUUCUGACCAGUCGUCGACCGAACGUUCAUCCCCAGUUUAUCAAAACAGUCGAGGCAAUGGGUGCCACCGUCAAAGUUCUACCACUUGACAUCACAAGCAAAAGCUCCUUACUCAAGUGCUACGAGGAAAUUUCGACAACAAUGCCUCCAGUUGCAGGUGUUGCGCAGGGAGCUAUGGUACUGGAAGACUCUUUGUUUGACAGAAUGUCUUUCGAGACGCUCACCAAGGUUCUCAAUCCAAAAGUCAUUGGCACCCAGCUAUUAGACGAACUUUUCCACGAUACUCCAUUGGAAUUUUUCAUUGUAUUCUCGUCAUUGACGGCAGUCGUCGGCAACAGUGGACAGAGCAACUACAUUGCAGCCAACAUGUUCAUGACUGCUCUGGCGUCUCAGCGCAAAAAGCGUGGAGUGGCUGGUUCCACUAUCGCAAUCAGCUCCGUCAUGGGGAUUGGUUACGUGGAGCGUUCAGACGACUUUACUGGUGACUAUUUUGCGAAACUUGGAUACCGGAACAUCUCUGAGCAGGAUUUGCAGCAGCUUUUUGCUGAAGCUAUCCUAGUGGGCAAGCCGGGAUGCUCUAGUAGUUCGGAAGUUGUCACGGGUCUUCAACCUAUAUUUGCUGACGCCCAUGUAAAGGCACAGUUUCGAGACGAUAUCAAAUUCAAUCACUUUGUCAAAGAGCGAUCCGGAACUCAGAACUACGGUGGAAAGCUCUCUGCUGUGCCUUUGAGAAUUAAGUUGACCGAGACUCAGACCAAGGCUGAAGCCAUCGAUAUCAUCAAAGAUUCAUUUGUCGUACGGCUCAAGCGAACCUUGAUGGUUUCCCAGGAUGAGGUUAUCAAUGAGAAAGCUUCUCUUGUGGAGCAAGGAAUUGACUCCCUCAUGGCCGUGGAGGUCCGCACAUGGUUUCUUAAAGAGCUUGAGGUUGACAUCCCGGUGCUCAAGAUACUUGGUGGCGCUUCUAUCACGGACCUUCUUACUGAAGCUCUGGAGCGUGUUCCUACAUCCGUCGUGGAUUUGAAUGCUCUUGCCAGUGGCACUGGGAAAGACACAAAGCCUGGCGCAAACACCAAGAUUCCAGCUUUUUCGCCCGCCACUCCAGUCGAGCUAGCGGCGUCUAGCGUUGCUUCUUUAGAAGAUAUCCUAACACCGUCCGAUAGCCCUCCUCAAUUUGCCACUCAGCUUCAUACGCCGAUGACUGAAAUCGAUGCGCCAAUCCAUGCAGUUCCCGCUAAUGAUGUCGAUAACUUGAAACUCAACGUUUCAAACGACAACGCUUCAAUGCCGAUCAACCCCGUUGUUGAGGCUGUCUCGAGAACAGGGCAUGCAGUAAAUGGCAAGGCCAAGGUUCAGGGAGCUAUUCCAGACCUCAGUCGUUUGAUCGACAAAGAAGAAUCUUGUGCCAUGUCAUAUGGUCAAGCGAGGUUCUGGUUUUUAAAUGACUACCUCGAGGACAAAACAAGUUUCAACAUGACUGUCAUGUUCAAGCUUACUGGGAAAAUGAAUGUUCCUCAACUCGAAAAAGCCGUUCGAGUGCUAGGGCAACGCCACGAGGCACUUCGGACUCGAUACUUUUGGUCAGGGACAGGAGAAAAUCGGGUCCCAAAGCAGGGGAUACUACCUGAGUCUCCUAUUCGUCUAAUUCACAAACAUCUUGAGUCGGAAGCUGAUGCGUAUGAAGAGUUACGAAAGAUGCAUGGGUACAUCUGGGACUUGAAUUCCUGGGAGGCCGCCAAGAUCCACCUCCUCAGCGUCAAUGAGAAUCUGCACUUCCUGCUUGUAAGUGGUCAUCAUAUCUCUUGGGAUGGCUACAGUUUCACUGUCCUUUUCGUCGAUCUCGAAGCGGCAUACACCGGGAAGGCACUGCCACCUCUAGGUCCGGAAAGUCAAUACCGCGCGUUUUCCCGAUGGCAACGCGACACGUACGAAAUGGGAACAAUGCAAAAGACAAUCGAAGAGUUCCGAGGAAUCAUCAAUCCCAAUACACCCCCUGUGCCUCCAUUCCCCUUCGCCAAAUCCCAAACUCGGCCAGUCUUGGAUCGCUUCCUUCAACACGAAGCAAAGGCAACCCUUGAAGCACCACUAGUGGCAAAGCUCAAGCAGAUCGCGCGAAAAAACAGAGCCACUAUGUUUCACCUUUACCUUGCCGCUCUCCAAGGCUUGGUCCUCCGCCUCCUCCCUGAAGUCGACGAAUUCUUCGUCGGAAUUGCAGAUGCAAAUCGCAUUGAUAAGAGGUUUAUGGGAAGUCUUGGUUUCUUUUUGAACCUUCUUCCUAUACUAUUUACCCGAAAUCAGAGCGCUAAGAUCAGCGAUCUUAUCAAGGACUCUCGUGACAAAGCAUAUGGGGCGUUACAGCGAUCUCAUGUCCCAUGGAAUGUGAUCCUCAAAGAACUGAAGAUUCCGCGUAACAACAUACAUGCCCCUAUCUACCAACUGUUCGUGGACUAUCGCCAGGUAUAUCAGGAUAGGUCUGUGUGGGGUGGAUGCAAGUUGAGUGAUGAGUCCUGGCUGAAUGCACGGAACGGUUACGAUCUCACCCUUGGGAUCACUGAUAACCCUAACGGCGAAUCCUGGCUUUCUAUCCGCUUGACAGCAAAUAUGUACACAAAAGCUAGCACAGAUCUACUGAUGGAAUCCUUUGUCAAUGUUCUGCGAACUUUCGCUGAAGGCGUGGACCUCGAAGCCAGCGCACUUCCGGCCUACGCCCCCGAAGAUAUUGAGGCGGGUCUUCGAAUUGGAAAGGGACCGCAAAUGGAACUUCAAUGGCCUAUCACAAUCUCCCACCGCAUUGACCAGAUGAUUGAGCGACAUGCAUCUGAGCCAGCAUUGAAAGAUGGACUGGGAAACACCCUCACGUACAAGCAAAUGGGAGACCGAGUCAAUGCCAUUGUUUCAGCCCUUGUUGCCGCCGGUGCAAAGCAAGGCGCUCCUAUCGGGGUUUUCCAAGACCCAUCCCCCGAUUGGAUGUGCUCCAUGCUGGCCGCUUUCCGAGUUGGAGGAAUUUAUGUGCCUUUGGAUCCGCGCAAUUCAUUGUCUAGACUCUCCAGGAUCGUGGAAAAUGUGCAGCCUCACAUCCUUCUGACUGAUCGCAACAUGACAGAUAAGGUUAAAUCAAUUGGUUGCGUCGAUGGGGUCGAAAUCAUGGUCUCGGAUCUUCCAGCUUCAACCUCGACGACACCAUUGCCAAAUCAAGCAAGACCCGAGUCGACAGCAGUCAUUCUCUUUACCAGUGGUACUACAGGAAAGCCCAAGGGAAUCCGAUUAACUCACAGCAAUUUGCGAUCGGAGAGUGAAGGAUAUUCGCGGUUUUGCAAUAUCCCUGCCCUGGCAAAGGUGGUACUUCAGCAGACCAUCUUUAGUUUUGAUGUUUCGUUGGACCAAAUUUUCGCCGCUCUUGCUGACGGUGGCUGUCUUCUUGUCGUCCCGGCUGAGAAGAGAGGUGAUCCGCAAUCUAUCACUAAGUUGAUGGCAGAGCACGAAGUGACAUACACGGUGGCUACUCCAUCUGAGUAUGAGAUGUGGUUCCGAUACGCGCGUGAAAACCUGUCAAACUGCAGGUCCUGGCAAGCUGCAUUUGGUGGGGGUGAACAUCUUCAUCGCGGUCUUAUCCAGGAGUUUGCCGAACUAGCGCUUGAGCUACCCAGUUUGCGGCUCUUCAACAACUACGGCCCCACCGAAGCCACACUCGCCAUCACGAAGGGCGAGAUCAAACACAGUGACCCUGAUCUGGAGGACCAUGUCCCAGCUGGCUUCAUCCUACCAAAUUACACCGUCGCUAUUCUCGACGACAGUCUCCGGCCGGUGCCCGUGGGCGUGGCUGGAGAGAUCUGCGCAGGCGGUCCAGGCAUCGCCGAUGGAUAUCUAGGACUCGAGGAGAUGACAAAGGAGAAGUUUAUCCCUGGCGCAUCCAUUCAUCCUUCAGCAAGUGGUACCUGGUACCGUACUGGAGAUCGAGGCUGUCUCCGGGAGAAUGGUGCAGUUUACUGGCUGGGCCGCAUUACAGGUGACAGCCAGGUGAAAAUCCGAGGCUUCCGGAUUGAAGUCCAAGAAGUCGAAACAGUUCUCCUAGAGGCGGCGAAUGGCGCCCUCACGCAUGCUGUUGUCACCUUAAGAGGAGAAGGAGAGCAGAAGUUUCUGGCUUCUCACGUCGUCUUCGCGCCCGACUACCCGCAACAUCGUCGCGCAGGUCUCAUCCAACAUCUUGAAUCCAGACUGCCGCUGCCUACCUACAUGCAGCCCGCGGUGGUUGUUCCGAUUGCCAAUAUUCCAGUUACCGGCAACCUGAAAUUCGAUCGCAAGGCCAUUCAGGCUAUGCCGCUACCUGAGGGGUCGGAAGACAACGGUCUAGCUAUGGAAAUGGAGAAGACUUUAGCCGACCUGUGGCGCCGAGUCAUUCCAAACAACAUUCGAGAGCUUACUCCAGGGACCAACUUCUUCGAUGUGGGCGGUACUUCUAUUCUGCUCGUGAAGCUGCAGGCUCUUGUCAAACAGGAGCUUAACUCGGCGCCUCUUCUGGUCGAUCUCAUGAACUUCAGUAGUCUGGGAGGCAUGACGAAAAUUGUGAAGUCCUUUGCAGGCACUCACGUUAUUGACUGGGAAACCGAAACCGCUGUAUCAGAGCCGUUGAGCCUCAUUGCGAAGAACAGGAUCCCAGCCAAGCAAAAGAAGACCACCGACCUCACUGUGGUCUUGGCUGGACCGACUGGAUAUGUAGGCCGCAAACUGCUCCAGCGUCUCAUUGAUACCCCACAGGUGAGCGAGAUCAAGUGCUUGGUUCGUGAUGAGCAGGCUGCAUCUGCAUCUCUGGUAUCAAGCCCAAAGAUCAAGUUCAUCCGAACCGACUUGUCUCAGCCAAAUUUUGGUCUGUCUCCUGCCGGGUUUGCUGCUCUAGCCGAAAAGUUAGAUGUUGCUAUCCACUGUGCCGCCAAUCGUUCCUUCUUUGACAGCUAUGAGACCCUGCGUCCCGUUAAUGUUGAUUCUGUUAAGGAGCUUGCCCGAGUCGCCAUGAUCAACAAUGCACCCCUUCACCUCUUCUCGUCGGGAUCCGUCCAGAUCUACGACGGCGCAGCCCCGCCCACAGAUGGAAGCGAUGGAUAUGUGGCCAGCAAAUGGGUGGCUGAAACAUUCCUCCGUAAAGCCGCGCGCCUCGGUUUGCAGGUCUAUAUCCAUCGGCCACUCGCAAUCCCAGCUGGAAAAGCCCCUGGUGGAAUCUCAUCCCAGGAUAUCCUGAUCGAGCUGAUUAGCAUUAUACAAAAUCUUGGAGUAAGGCCCGAUUUCUCUGUCAUCAGUGGCUACUUGGAUUUUGCACCUGUCGAUGAAGUGGUCGGGGAUGUUGUCAUGACUAUUACAAGCGCGAGCAGUGAACCUGGCAGCGUCCAAGUCACCAAACAUGCUGGGCAACUGCGGGUUCAUAUCAAGGAUUUUGCCGAUUUUGUGGAAGAAGAUAAUCGACUGAAGGCAUUGCCAACCAAAAACCCGUUGUUCUGGUUUGCGGAUGCGAAGAGAUCAGGUUUUAGCUAUUUGAUGACUUCGCACCACCUGGUGAUGAGCUCGAAAGAUGGCAAGUUGGUCACGAGACGUUGA